UGGUUUGGAAUCGAUUCCCGUUCAAACAUCGGAUGAAAUUAACUUCCACAUCGGGGUCGGAAACAAACGACGAACGAUCGUUGCCACGAGGAUGAACGACACGAGUUCAAGGGGACACACCAUGUUUGUCAUCAAGUUUGUACAAGUUAGCGGGGGGCAAACCGUGGAAUCGGAGAUUAAUCUCGUCGAUCUCGCUGGAAGUGAACGAGCGAAGAGAGUUGGGGGGGCAGGAGGUCGAUUGAAAGAAGGUUCGAUGAUCAACAAAAGUUUGCUGUGUCUUGGUAAUUGUAUCAAAGCUAUCGUGAACGGGGACUCCCACAUUCCAUACCGAGACUCAGUGUUGACCAAGUUGUUAAAGAAAGCUUUGGGCGGGAACAGUCGCCGCCAUCAGUCCGGCAGCGAUCGAUUACGAGGAAACUUUAUCGACGUUAAGGUUCGCCGAUCGUGCAAAACAAAUUAAGACAAAGGCCGUGGUAACCGAAAUUGAGCAGGGUCGAUUGAUUCAGAUGUACGAAGAGGAAAUACACAAGUUACGACAGCAAAUAGCGGGCAACCCCCCAAACCAAAGGUUGGGUCUCGAUGGAAGAAGUUGAGAAGAUAAGACGAGAAUUUGAGGAUCGGGUGCGAGUGUUGGAGGAUCAGUUAGAAGAUAAAACAUGGAAGGAGAAGAUGGAGGAACAACGGUUGGAAACAAUGAGACAAAUUGAAGAAGAAAAUCUUCAAAAAGAGAAAGCGACGAACACCCCGCACCUGUGGAACUUGAAUAUUGACCAAGUUCUGUGCAGGGUCAAAAUUUAUUUCACGAACCCCGGAACCUCGGUGGUGGGCGGGGAGGAGACAGCAAAUAUUAGGCUGGAUGGGGUGAGCGGUGAAAUUGCUGAAAUUAAAAACGAAGAAAACGAUCGGAUUUAUAUUUUGCCGAUAAGUGAAAUAUAUGAUGUUCGUGUUAACGGGAUUGUUGUCCACCGGGAGGCUGAGCUGCGGCACAACGACAGAAUUUUACUCGGAACGAACAACUUAUUUGUGUUCGCUCAUCCACGAGAUUUGAAAUCAAAGAAAGAAAAAGGAAUUAAAAUAAACAAAGUAACUUUUGAGGCGGCGGAAGCAGAGAUACGUCAACACACAAAAGAACUUGAAGAAGAUUUUACGACAUUUGUUUGGAGGGUGGAUGAAGAUGGGAAUCAAGACAAUGGAAGUGAGUUGGAGCAGUUUGACGUCAAGUGUCGAGAAUUACUGGACAAAUUAGAAUCUGAAAAUCAAAAGCUGAAGAAACUUGUUAAGGAUGGGGAGGGGCAGGUCGGUGCUCGGAAAAAGAAUAAAAAAAUAAACAAGUUACAAGAGCAAAUAAUCGCGAUGCAACGGUUGAAAUGUUCGGAGAAAAAGUUUGGAAAUCUUCGUUUGGUUGAAGAAAAAUGUUUAGAGAUAAGUGAGGAAAUACCUUCGUUCAAGAAAGAAAGUGAAAUAAUUGAAGUUGAAAAGCAAGAAGAUUUUCAAGAUCAAGAAAAUGUUUCGAACCUUCCGCAAACCCCCGACCAGAUUCCCAGCCAAGUUGAAGCAAAAUCGGAGAAAAAAUCAAAGUUUUGUAUUUUAUUUUAAAUUAUUAUUUUUGAAAUAAUGUGUUUUAUUUAUUUAAAUUAAUUAUAUUUUUUUUGUCAAACUAUUUCUAAAAUAAAUGAAACAUAGAAACUAAAGAAAUUUAUUUCAAACGAAGAACAAAGACACGAUUGUGAUGUCAUAAUGAACUUAAUCAUAUGGAACAUAGAAAGUCAUCGAACGU